UUGAAGCCCCACCAACCUCAUGUUCUUCACAGGCAAAAUGCAGGGCCCCAGCACCUGCAAGUGAAGGCCAGGAAUUCCGUGAGAGGCCGGGAGGAUGCUGAAGAGGGCCCCACUUGGGGUACCCAGGGAGAGCCACAGGGUCUUGAGCUAAUGGGGCAGGUGCCCAGGACUCCUGAGAGCUGCUAGAUGAGGAUGAGGCUGCCUGGGUGCUGUAUGGGGAGGAAGGCAGAUGCCCUGCUGGCCACCAGGGGCUCAGGGAAAAAAGCAGGGCUGGCUACCAGGGACAUGGCAGGGUCACAGAUGAGGAAUUUAAGUAUCACACAAGGGCUGUGACACACCAAGUCAAUACUUACACACAGUUCACCUGCCCAGAAGGGGCCUGCACAACUCGUCCUGUUGCUCUAUCUUCACUUUCGCCUGUCACAGUGUCUUAAACCCCACAUUUGAUGGCAGCAUGGUAGUUUCCAACAAGUAUUACCAGCAGCUCCUCAGGCCUGAGUUUUUGGGAUUACCUCAGAUAUUUCCUGAGGAUACACUUCUGAAGUGAAGCGACCAGGUCACAAAGGCCCCACCAGUCCCCAGUCACCCACAGAGGGCACAGCCUACUUGAAUCCAGCCAGGCCUGUCGGUGGUAUGACUCUCUGUGGCUGGGAAGGGGCCCCGGGGCAGGCAAGGACCCUCUGAGUUGAACCAGCGUGGUGCCUCCCUGCCAUCUAGCGUGGUGGGUUAUGAGUGUUUCGGGGUUGUUUCUCAGUCUUCAUAACCCAGGAGGAGGCCCAUGGGGUCUUGCAACGGCAGAGGCGUGCCAAUUCCUUCCUGGAGGAGCUGCGGCCAGGCUCCCUGGAGCGGGAGUGCAGGGAGGAGCAGUGCUCCUUCGAGGAGGCCCGGGAGAUCUUCAGGAGCACAGAGCGGACGUCCGUGUUGUAGAUACCGUGGCUGGCGCGUCUGGGCAGCGGUGUCUCAUGCAGCUUCCUCUCUUGCUCCCUCAGAAGCAGUUCUGGAUUUCUUACAAGGAUGGGGACCAGUGCGCCUCAAAUCCAUGCCAGAACGGGGGUUCCUGUGAGGACCAGCUCCAAUCCUAUGUCUGCUUCUGCCUCCCUGAAUUUGAGGGCCGGAACUGUGAGACAAACAAGAACGACCAGCUGAUCUGCUCAAACGAGAACGGUGGCUGUGAGCAGUACUGCAGCGACCACAUGGAGGCCAAGCGCUCCUGCCGGUGCCACCAGGGGUACUCUCUGCAACCGGAUGGGGUGUCCUGUGCGCCCACAGUUGAAUAUCCAUGUGGAAAAAUACCUAUUCUGGAAAAAAGAAAUGCCAGCAACCCUGAAGGCCGAAUUGUGGGGGGCAAAGUGUGCCCCAAAGGGGAGUGUCCAUGGCAGGCCAUGCUGACGCUGAACGGAGCUCUGCUAUGUGGGGGGACCCUGGUUGACCCCAGCUGGGUCAUCUCUGCAGCCCACUGCUUUGACAGAAUCAAGAGUGGAAAGAACCUGACUGUGGUGUUAGGUGAGCACGACAUCAGCCAGGAGGACGGGGACGAGCAGUUCCUGCACGUGGCGCAGGUCAUCAUGCCAGCCACUUACACCGCGGGCGUCCCGGACCACGACGUGGCCCUGCUCCGCCUGCACCCGCCUGCCCGUCUGGCCACCCACGUGGUGCCGCUGUGCCUGCCCGAGGCUGCCUUUGCGGCGCAUGUGCUGGCGGCCGUGCGCUUCUCCACUGUCAGCGGCUGGGGCCGGCUGCUGGAGCGCGGCGCCACGGCGCGGGAGCUCAUGGCGGUGGACGUGCCCCGGCUCAUGACGCAGGACUGCGAGGAGCAGUCGCGGCGCCGGGCAGGUUCCCGGCGCCUCACCGAGAACAUGUUCUGCGCUGGCUACCUGGACGGCAGCAAGGACGCCUGCAAGGGCGAUAGUGGCGGCCCUCACGCCACGCGCUACCGGGGCACCUGGUACCUGACGGGCGUGGUCAGCUGGGGCGAAGGCUGCGCAGCCGCCGGCCACUUCGGGGUGUACACACGGGUGUCUCGCUACACCGAGUGGCUUCGUGGUCUCAUGCGCUCUGAGCUGCGCCCAGGCUUCCUGCUGCGGGCCCCGUUUCCCUAGCCCAGCUCCUGGCCACCUGGAGAUGCCCGUACCGGUCCAGCCCUCUCCUCUUGGUUUGGGGAUAGGGGGAGGGAAGAAACAGACGCAGCACGGAGAUGAAGAGAUGGCAUUUGGAAGGGGGCAGAGAGAGACACACAGCCUGGAUGGAUUAGAGGAUGCUGAGAGAGGCCGGGACCUAAAGAGACAGCUGUGGGGCAGGGCACCCAUAACUGGUCCUGGUGGCAAACAAGUAGUCAACCAAGGUCUGCAAACGAACGGUGGAGGGCUGAAUCAAGUUACACUGUGUUGUAAAUAAAGUGUUAUGGAACAUUUGUUUAGUUACUGUUCCUGGAGCAGUUGAGACAGAGCUGUCUGAACAAAACUACCAUCUAACCUGCAGAGCCUCAGACAUUCAGUGUCAGACCCUCUGCAGCAAAUCUCUGGGCCCUGGCAGGGACACUGAUUCUGGCAAUCUCCCAAGCCAGUCCGCCAAGACUCUCCCAGCCCCAACAUGGCCAGAUGCCUGCACUCCGGGCCGACUCUGCUUAUACUACAGACAAACCACUGUGUUGGUGAAACCGGAGUCUGCACCUGUCAUGAAGGUGGCAUCAGUGGACCAUGCCCUCAUCACCUCUAGGAAAGACAGCUUGCCAACUGACAGAUGCUUGGGAAUUGUGCAGACUAACCCCGGCUGAGGCUUGAGAAGAUGCGCCUGGCUUCUUGGAAUGGAAGUCUGGGGACAGGCCAGGAGAGAGCUCCCUGAGCUGUACCAGACCUUCCCGGCCUCAACUCCCAGGCUUACUGCUUGUCUGGAGAGUGGGCAGUCCUGUCUGCAGAGUGCACUUCUGGGCCUUCCUCUGAUGGGGACCAUGAAGCUGACACUCCUCAUUCCUGCAAAGGCCAUCCGUACUAAGCAAGAUUUCCCAGCCCCCACCCUGGCAUGAGGUCAGGCCAUGAGAUGGCCCAGCCCAGGGUGGCCCCAACACUGGCCUUUCAACGCUCCUGCAGCUCCCCAUGGCCCUGCCUUCUCUCUCCCCCUGCUUCCUCCCCUGCCAGACCACCCUAGACUUGGAAGACAUGAGAAAUUACCUUCAUUAGGCUAAACCAUGGAUAUUCCAGAUCCCUCUGGCUCCCACUAUCUAGCCUGCCUUCACAGGGCCUGCUACAUAGCCAGGGGACAUGGGGCCCUGUGACUGAGUCCAUGUCCAGGGGUCAGCAUGGGACCUAGGAGACAGCACCCACCAGCCUCUCACGGCAAAAACCCUCUCAGGCUGGGGCCAAUCCAUCCUGUACCCAGCAGGACAGAAGGGGGCUUGUGGCAGAGCUCAUCUCUCCAAGCAGCAGGGAAGUGUUGUUCCUCCCAGAACUAUGUGCAGGGGCCAGGUGGUCACAGAAAGGUCAACAGAACCUCUGGCUCCUUGAGCCUCUGGGUCUGCGGGUGGGUGGGGGCAGGUGCAAACCCAGCCUGCAGGAGUCCCCCAGAGGCCUGAUACCGCUGUGUCUAGGUACCACCUGAUGGCACUCGGAGAGCAGCUGAGUUGAAGGACAGGUUCAGACCAGGAACAGUACAAAGAGUACAAAUCCCACAUCCACCACUGUGGCCGUGGGCUCAACCUUCACCUCUCACUAAACUUUAGGUUUCUGUCCUGGAAAAAUUAUGAGAAAAUGAUACCUCUGUCAUGUUGUCAGGACUGAGAGUUAGAUGCAAACAUCUGAAAACUACAAAAUGAAAAUAAAAUGUUUUCAUUCUGUGAUAGGACUAAAGUCCCCAUCCUGCAGCAGCCCCAUCAGCCACCCAGCCCU